AUGCCAUCGGCUUUGGCGCAAGAGCUGUUUGUGGCCAGGACUCUGAAGGAGGCUGAGGAUGCAUUCCUGCUGAUUUGCCUUGAGCCCGAGAAGUCCACUGCCAUCAGCAUCCGCCGCAUUUUCCACAAGGUCGAUGUCCCUGCAUCCAGGCGUGCAUUUCUCAGGGAGAAGGCCCUGAAGUACCACAAGGCUUUCGAGCAUAAGCAGUAUGCUUGGAAUCCGGAAGAGCGCGAGUUUCUGAUUGACAGCUUCGCCAGUGGUUGCUGUGAUGCUUCUGUGGAGACGUCACCUGUGGACCGAUGGCCGGCAGUGCGCCAGCUCCUGAAAAAACGAAAGCAAGCUGACUCAGCGCAGGAGUUAGGAGAGCUGAAACGGCAGCGUGAGCAGCUGGAGCUGUCCUUGAUCAAGGACCAGCAGAUGGCGUCUGAUCAGGAAACAGUUCUGAAAGAGAUCUCCACCACCCUCCUGAAAGAAGCUUAUCACGUCUCCAAAGAGAAGGCUCAAGAUCUACUGAGCAAGGCCGUGGCUACCGUCACGGACUCGCAGGAGAGACUGAGCCAUGCUGUCAAAGGGGAGGUGGGACUGCCAUGCCUGUUGUGCUGA